GCGCGCGCCCUGAACAAACCGAACGUCACGAAGUUUUACGAGCUACUCAAGGAGAUCGUUGAGACGCGGCACAUCCCACCCGAGAACAUCUACAACGCCGACGAGAAGGGGGUGCAGCUAGGUAUCGGAAAGUGCGCCAAGGUUCUUGUUGAUCGCGACCAGAAGACGGUG